GAAUUUUUUUUUUUUUUUUUUCAAAUUCAAAUCCUAGCUUCAAUGAAGUUGCCUACGAUUCCAGUGUCAAAUAUUUUCAUUGUUCAUUGCCAGCAAAUUAAGGAAACUGUAACACACGUCGAAAUUUCAAAAAAAAAAAAAAAGUAAAUAAAAAAUUAAAAAAAUUCCAACAAAAAGUUUCUAAUGGAUAUUUUUAUCAAAAUGCCUGAUGUGCCAUCGCGUGAUGAAGUGCAGAAUCUAAGCCUGGAUGAGUACUUUCGUUUGUAUGUGCAAAAUAAGCCGGUCAUGAGAAAGCGGAGUACUUAUCCGUAUCCGGGUUCGUAUGGUCCGGCUCAGUAUUCGGGUCGGUAUCCGAGUCAGGCGCAACAGCGCCGUCGCUACGAGCGCUCGCACUACUUUGCGCCGGAAUAUCAGCGCCAGCAGCAGGAGCAGCAGCAAAAACUGCUAAAGCAGCAGAAAAGUCCACAGCAGCAGCAGGAACAACAGCCUGAGAGCAUGUUUAUGGACCUAGAUAUCCUCAACAAUCUGCGCCAGGAGAUGGAGCUGCUGCGGAAGCAAUGCGUCAGCGAGUAUCGUCAGCUGGAGCACCGUUUGGGCGUGCAGCGCGCGGAAGGUAUCCAGGAGAUGCGGCGGCUCUUGGAGCGCCAUCAUUAUGCGCGCCACACGUUGCAGAUGCGCAUCCACGAUGCGGAGCGCAUUUAUCGACAGCGCGACAUCGAUGAUCAGAGCAUCAUGCAGCUGCGCAAACAGCAGCAAAAACUGAAGCAGGAGCAGCAGGAGAAGGCAGCUGACAGUUUGGAAAUCAACAACAACGAUGUGUCCGGCACUCCGGAGCACGAACUGCUGAAGCUACCGCGACUUAAGUCGCCAGAGCUGCCGCAUUGGUAUAUAUCGCCCACUCAUGCCAAGGAAGACCCGAAGGAUAGCGAAUUCAAGCUCGACGAUGUUGACUUUGGCGGCACUGGCAUCUCCACUAAGGAGGUCAUCGCCGAGAUCCAGGAGGAAAUGGAGGACGACAUCAACAGCGAUAUGCUCUAUAUACCCACCAACUUCUCACUGCACGAAUAAUCGUAUACACUGACUAAAGAAAAAAAAAGAAAAAAAAAAAAAAAAAAAAAAAACAUAAAAAGACAAAGAAUGAACAUAUAAUAUUACUAUAAAUAUUGAGCACUCUACACUCAAUAUAAAUGCCUAAGACCUGAAGGAAUAUACGAAUAUUUGUAUACACUAUAAAAGGAAAAGGCAAAAUAUGAGCAAAUAUUGAAGAGCACAUAAAAAAUGAGUAUACAUAAUAUA